AUGUGGUUUUUGAAACCGACAACCCGUAACAAAGUUGAAGUUGUUUUGCUGGUGAUUAAUUUUUGUUGUUGUUGUUGUUGUUGUUUCUUCUGCUGCCGUCAGGCACGCACAGAGCCACUUUUCACUGCGCCCCCCUCCCAUGUGAAUGCUUCUUGUCAAAAGUCAAGGUGUAUUUUAUCCAAAUGCCAUUUGGACUCAUUGCCCUCUUCCCUUGCCUUAUUAGAAGGGGUAGGGAUGACGCUGUACUCUAUCUACAUUUUUAACCGCUACGGAGACAAUAUCUUCUACAUGCAAUGGAACCGUACGAGUGCGGUACAGGAAGGAGAGGCAAGCCUUGUCGCGGGGUUCAUUUACACACUGCAGCACCUGUCCUCACAACUCUCCUCUUCAGGCACAUCUGGGCUGAGGGCAGUGCAAACGCCAUUUUAUAAGCUUCAUUACGCCGAAACGAUGACUGGAUAUCGGGUAGCGCUCCUUACUUGCAGAAACGUGAGCACGGCGCUGGUGCAAGGCAUAUUUAUUGAGAUGUUUCGUGAUGUUUUUCAUAAAACUUUAACGAGGGAUCUAAAUUAUCGCCACGAACCUGGGUGCAUGAUCACCAACCCGGAUUUUGCGGAGGGGUUGGAAGCUCUUUUUCGCUCGAAGCAGUUGCUUGAAUGA